GGGACGCCGCCAGCCUGGUUCUUCCUUGCCCUUUGCAUCUGGAGGCUGGUGCCGCGCCGGGAAGCCGCAGGAACGGAGGAAGUAGUCUUUGGGAAGGUUGGAGGAAGCAUCCUCCUUUUAUGCCGAAAUGUCUCCAAAGAAGCAACCGAGGUGGUCUGGUUUCCCUCUUCCCCCCCGCUCUUCUCCUCAAGGGUCGCCUUCCCCCCAGACGUCCGUUUCUCCCUGGUUGACAACAGUUCUCUGCGCAUCACAGAGCUGCGCGCGCAGGACGAAGGCAACUACACUUGCAAAGAAAUGCUGAACAAGACGGACCACGAGCACAGGGUCCAGCUCCUGGUAGCCAAUCCACCGCACUCAACCCCAAAGUGUUGGGCUGAGACCUCCUCAUCAGGGCUGAUGCUGCAGCUGUUCUGCAGCUGGCCUGGGGGGUACCCCCACCCUACCCUGCACUGGAGAGAAGAGGGGCACGAUCUGGAGAACUCAAGCUGGGUCAUCAGCUCCACGAGCUCCUCAGACACCCACGUGGAAACGCUGAACAGCUCCCACCUCUCCCACCGCAAAGUGUUCAAGUGUGUUGGGAGCCAUGUCAUCAAGCAGGAGGAGCCUGCAUGCACUGUGGAGAUAAAAAUCCCUUCGCUGGAAUCGGAGCCCCCAAAGACCUGCUUUGUGGGUGACAAUGUGACCCUGAUGUGCCGUGUGACUGAGAGCACCCCUGCAGCGAGGCUUACCUGGCUGCGGGGCAUCACCCAGCCCGAGGUGGAGAUCCAACCCGGAGGGAGGUACCUCAUCACCCAGGAGGGCAACGUGUCCCGGCUCACCAUCCGGAACUGCUCCCAGGGCACCGACGGGGGCUGUUACGUCUGCAAGGCACAGAACCCCGUGGGGCUGAGGGAGCUGUUCGUCUGCCUGACGGUGAAGCAGCCAGUGAACAUCGUUGGGGUUGUGGGGGCAGUGGUGGUCCUGUCCCUGUUGGCUGUUCUCACCGUCACUGGGGUUGUCUUGUACUACAAUCCCCUCCUGUGCCUGAGAGGUGCUGCAUUCAGGAAUCAAGACUCGGGCGAUGUCUUAGUGCUGGUGGACUCGGAAGAUGAUGAUGAGGGGAAGGGGGAAGAGGAGACCAUGAGCAGCUCCACCAAGCACGAGGCGAUGGGGCUGGUCAAUGGGAACAGCGUCCAGGCUGCUUACCCCAACUGCCUUACGGAAGGUGACGAAGGCGAGCAGCACGGCGGGGCCUCUCCUCAGGAAAGGAGGGGAGAAGAGGCUUGA